AUGCAGGGGUUGAUGCAAGCAACUAAGAUGGAUCUGAUGCCAGAGUCUGAGCAUAUUUCUAGGCCAACGGCUGAUCUGGUGAAUGAAUCUAAUGGUAAUAUGAUGCCUAAUUUCUUACCUGGUAUUCAUAGCUGUCGUGAUAAAUUGAUGAAUAAAGUUAAUAUGACAAAAAAUGUGGGAAUUGAUAUUAACUGCUUGGAUACUGAUUAUGAGGGUUUGAAUGAUGAGGAUGAUGUGUUCAUUUCUCGUGGUGAGCGUGGGCCGAGUAUACAGUUCUCUGAUCGUGCUAUGGCUCGAUUUUGUGAACCUUGGAAAAAUGCUUUGAUCGUUAAGCUCCUUGGUCGCUCUCAUACUUAUAACUAUCUUCAUGAUCGCUUAGCUCAGAAAUGGAGUUUGGUGGGAGGGUGGAAGCUUAUUGACUUGGUGAAUGAUUAUUUUGUUGUGAGAUUUGAUCUGGAAGAGGACUUAAAUUUUGUGUUGACUGGAGGGCCUUGGAUGAUUGCGGGGCAAUACUUAACCAUACAACAAUGGCGGCCUGGUUUCUGCCCUUCUACUACACACAUCACAAGAAUGGUUGCUUGGAUUCGAGUAUCUGCCAUGCAGCUUGAAUGUUUUGAUGUUUGGUCUCUUAAGAGGAUUGGCAACCUUCUUGGUAAAUUGCUGAAAAUUGAUUCGUUGACUACUUCGCAAAAUAGGGGUAAGUUUGCUCGUUUAUGUGUGGAGUUGGAUCUAACUAAACCCCUUGAUGCCUUUGUGCAAAUAAAUCAGAACUGGGAGAGUUGUACUCUGAAAUCUGUGAAUUUGUCCGAUGAGGCUGGGAAAGCUCAAGGUGCAGGAGUGGGACCUAUGAAUCCUGACUCUGUUGGGGUUACAGAAACUGUGAAGAUGGCUGAGGGGAUGAAUGUGCAAUCUAGAAGGCAACCAAAAACUAUUCAUAAGGAUGUUCCUGGGCAAGGUUCUGGUGGAAGGAACAAAGAGUCUCGUUUUAAUGCUCUUAAUGAGAUUGGUGAAGAUUUUGACAUAAGUGGGCCCGAUAAUGUUAACCAAGUUCCGACGAGGGGUGUCCCUAUUUUUAAAUCUGUGGAGCAAAUUGGUAAGAAAGUUUGGACUAAGUCUAAACAUGCUAAAUCGGGUUCUAGGCCAGUUCUGAAUGAUAUCUCCAAUAAGAAUGUGCAGAAAGUCUUUAAUAGUAAGGUAAUGGAUAAGAAUUCGGGCUCCUCUAAUAAGUUUACAAUGGGGGCUUCUCGACAUUCUCGUAAUCAGUUUGUUGGUGGUAGGAAGCCUUCUACUCUUAGUGCUGUCACUGAGCAUUUGGAGAGUUGGGGUGAUGGUCAACAUAUUCAUCAAGAGAAAGGGGUUUAUAUUUUUGGGCAUCAACCUCCAAAUAUAACAACACAUUCGGAAUUUCAUGAUGAGGAUACUAAUAUUCAUGAGGAUGCUUUGAAGUAUGAUGAUGAUAAUGUUCUUGUGCCUAGACGGAUUGAUCAACUAGGGCAAGUUGCCAAGAUGGAUUUGGUUGAGGGCCAAACUAGCACUUCUGGUGGAAAUUUGACUAGUACUACCUUCAACACGGUUGAAGGUGCUGCGUGCACUAAGUUUAAGACUACUGUGAUGAAUUUGAGUCGUACUCAUCAUAUGGAUAUUCUGUUCAUUUGUGAGCCUAGAAUUAGUGGUGGGAAGGCUAUUGAUGUGGUUAAAUCUUUGGGUUUUUCCAAUUAUGAAAUUGUGGAUGCUAAUGGUCUUUCUGGUGGGUUGUGGUUAUUAUGGAAUGCUAGUAAAGUCACAGUUGAUAUUGUUGGUACCUCAGCUCAAUCUAUUUCUGCUUGUGUCUGUUGGCCUGGUCAAACUCCCUGGAUGUUUACUGCAGUGUAUGCUCAUCCUUGUAUUGCUAAGCGACAUAAAUUAUGGGAUUAUCUUUCCUUUGUUGGAGUUAAUCAUAAUAUGCCUUGGUUAAUUGCUGGAGACUUUAAUGAGAUGUUGAGGUUUGAAGAUAAGUUAGGAGAAGCUUCUUUAUGCAGAUUAAGAGGGUUUAAAACCUGGUUUGACAACCAUGAUAUGGUAGAUUUGGGUUUUUAUGGAUCCAAAUACACUUGGACUAAUAAAAAAGUUUUUGAAAGGCUGGACAGAGCUAUUUGUAAUUUGAGUUGGCGAAGGUUUUUUGCUGAUGCAAUUGUGAGACAUCUCCCGAGGACUAAAUCAGAUCAUAGUCCCAUCAAAAUCUGCUUGGCUUCUUGUUUUAUUUCUUCCCCCCUUUCUAGACCUUUCAGGUUUGAAGCUAUGUGGCUCCAACAUGAGAAUUUUCAGGAUGUUUUUUAUGCUUCUUGGGGGUCUGUUAUUGGAUCUGCUCUAGAUAAGUCUUAUGCUUUAAUUACUCCUUUGAAGCAAUGGAAUAUUCAAGUGUUUGGUCAUCUGAGACAAAGGAAGAAUAGGUUGUUGGCUCGCAUUGAUGGUAUCCAAAAAUCUUUGUGUAUGGGUCCAAAUCGUUUCCUUAGUAAUUUGGAACCUGAGUUAGUUAAGGAGUUUAAUGAUGUUCUUGAACAAGAAGCUGUUUUUUGGAGGCAAAAAUUCAGGGUUAAUUGGUUGCAGAAGGGUGAUAGAAAUACAAAGUUUUUCCAUCUUACAACUAUUAUUAGAAGGAGGAGAAAUAAGAUUGAAAGACUUAAGAAUAUUGCUGGUGAUUGGGUUAAGGAGGCAAUGGGAAUUAAAGCUUUAGCUGUGACUUAUUUUUCAGACCUGUUUUCUAAUGAUCAUGUGGUGGACUCUGAGAUUGGUUUUCCUAAUUUGUUUCCUGGCAUAGAUGUGGCUGAUUUGAGGCUUUUAAAUAGACCAAUUGCUUUGGAGGAAGUUAAAGCUAGUCUGUUUAAUAUUGGAGGGCUAAAAGCCCCUGGGAUAGAUGGUUUUCCUGCAUGUUUUUAUCAGAGCCAGUGGAAUCAUUGUGGUGAAGAUAUCUUUCAGAUAGUGCUUAAGGCUUUCCAUGAGUGUACAAUUCCUGAGAAGCUUAAUAUGACUCUUAUUACUCUAGUGCCUAAGGUUAUUGUUGCCAGGCUCAGAACUAUCUUACCUAAUCUCAUAAGCCCUAAUCAGGAUAAAAAAGGUUUCAUGGCUUGGAAAAUUGAUCUUUCUAAGGCUUAUGACCGCCUAAAUUGGAAUUUUAUUGAGCAUGUGCUUGUGGAGUUAGGUCUGCCUCUCAAUCUAAUUAAGUUGAUCAUGAGUUGUGUUUCUACUGUGAAGUAUCAAAUAUGUAUCAAUGGAGAGCUCACUGAGUCUUUCCAGCCUAAGAGUGGUAUUAGACAAGGGGACCCUUUGUCUCCAUACUUGUUUGUGUUGUGUAUUGAAAAGUUGUCCUAUAUUAUUUUUGAGGAUGUUCGAAUGGGUAAAUGGAGACCUGUUAAGUCCUCCCAAGUUGGCCCUGCUGUCUCUCACCUCUUUUUUGCUGAUGACCUAGUUUUGUUUGCUGAAGCUACCUCUAAUCAAGCUAGAGUUUUGAAGAAUUGCUUGGAGGUUUUUUGUCAAGCCUCUGGUCAAACAGUAAAUUUUGAUAAAUCUGCUAUAUUUUGUUCUCCUAACACCUGUAAGGAAAUUGCUAAGGAAAUCAGUUGUAUUUGUGGCUCUCCUCUAACUGAAGAUCUUGGAAGGUACCUGGGUAUGCCUCUAUUGCAUUCUCGAAUUGAUAAAAGGACUUAUAGUAGCUUAAUUGACAAAGUGCAUAAAAGACUUGUUGCCUGGAAGGGUAAAUUUCUUUCUCUAGCUGGUAGAGCUACCCUUAUUCAAUCUGUUACUUCGGUUGUGCCUGUUUAUGCAAUGCAAACUGCUAAACUACCUACUAGUGUGUGUGAUGCACUUGAUAAAUUAAAUCAAAAUUUUUUUUGGGGUGGGAGUGAGAAAAGGAGCAGGGUCCAUCUUUGUCAGUGGGAUCUUGUUUGUAGGCCUAAGAGUAAAGGGGGUUUGGGUUUUAAAAAAACUGGUGCUAUGAAUCAAGCUUUGUUAGCCAAGAUUGGUUGGAGGUUGCAUAUUAAGGAUGAAGGCUUGUGGGCAGAGAUUUAUAAGGCUAAAUACCUUAAACGCCAUUCUAUUCUUGAUGAUUCUGUGAUUUUUAGGCAGGAUUGUUCUUCUACAUGGAAAGGUGUGCUUCAUGGUGCUGAUCUUUUAAGGAAGGGUAUGUUAUGGAGAAUUGGGGAUGGUGGUACUGUUAAGUUUUGGAAGGAUAAUUGGGUUUUUGAUGCUCCUUUAAACCAAAAUGAUAGUGGUGUGCAUAUUUGUGACCCAGAUUCUGUUAUUUCCAGUUUUUAUAGAGAUGGUUGGUGGGAUAUGGAGAAACUAAGGGCUGCUUUACCUGAAGAGUUGGUCCAAAGAGUUAUUAGCUGUCCUGUGGGGUUUAAUAGUGGGAUACAGGAUGCUCAAAUUUGGAAGUUUUCCUCCAAUGGGAUUUUCUCUGUAAAAUCUGCUUAUAAUAUGGUUUUUGAGGGCUCUACUUGCUCUGAUGUUGCUUGGACGUUUUUGUGGAAGCUGAGGAUUCCUCCCAAGUUGCAUAUUUUCUUUUGGCUUGUUUUUCAAGGAAAAAUUCUUUCUAAUGAGCAAAGAGUUAGAAGACAGCUUUCUUUGGAUGCUUCUUGUGGAUCGUGUCAUUGGCCUAUGGAGUCUAUACUCCAUAUUCUUCGUGAUUGUGUUAAGGCUAAGAAGGUGUGGAAUGCUCUUCUCAAUUCUAGUCAAAGUGCUAGAUUUUUUACUAUGGACUUUCAACCUUGGCUUAGAGUAAAUUUGAUGUCGAAGAUUGUUUGGGCUGAUGGUAUUCCUUGGAAUUUGGUCUUUGUUUUCACAUGUUGGUAUAUAUGGAAAUGGAGGAAUCACUAUGUGUUUCAUGGUGAUGAAGAGUUGGCUUUUGACUCCAUACAAAUUAUUACUGCUGCUGUGAAGGAAUGGUUUAAAAUUUCUAAUGUUUCUUCUACCAAGUGUGCUAAGGUUCAGGCUUGGUUUGCUUGGGAACCUCCUCCUGCUGGGGUCUUUAAACUAAAUGUUGAUGGCUCUAGGAAAGUUGCUUUUGGCCAUAUUGGUGCUGGAGGUGUGUUGUGUGAUGUUUCUGGUGAUUGGUGUAGUGGGUUUGCUGUUAAUUUGGGUAAAUGGCAGAUUCUAAAGGCUGAAUUAUGGGGUCUGUUCUUUGGUCUGAGGAUGGCUGUUGCGAAAUGGUUUAAUAACCUUAUCGUUGAGAUGGAUUCGGCUGUUGCUAUCCAGCUUCUUCAGCAGCAUGAUUCUCUUACUUUGCACCCUCUUGCAUCUCUGGUCUCUAGUUGUUGGCAAUUAAUGCAGCAGCUUGAGAAUUGCAGCUUGCAUCAUAUUUUUAGGGAGAACAACAGUGUUGCAGAUCGUCUGGCUGCUUGGAGGUUAUAA